UUUCUCCAUCAAAUCUGUGUCCCUUCCGGUUCUAAUCUUUUAGGGCAAUCUUUUAGGCAACUUGCUGCCCAGUUUUCCAGCUCCAUAAAUAUACCUAAAAGAAACAUGCCCGUGUGUCGAAAGAUUUUUAAGGAUUAGGUGCAUUUCAGACGGAGGCGUUCCAGAAGCUUCCUCUUUUGGAGUGGACCAGGACACAGAGAGCUGGUUGAGUUAAGGUCCGCUGCGGUAUGGCAAGUCUUGCAGCCCGCGGUUUUGUCAGGAUGGCCUUUUGAGGGUCUUCAAGAUUUGAUUAGGGGAAAUAUUUCUAUGUUUUAGGGAGCCUAAGCACCAUCAAAUUUAAAAUACGUGUCAGUGAAUGUGCUGCUAAUUAAACUAGGAGAAAGCAUGGAUUGUAAGAGGCAUCCGCAUCAGAGAUUUUAAAAUGGUUUUUAGAAUUGCUGAAAUACGGUAGCUACCACCAUGCCAGGUACCUCAGUUCCUUGGGUUUUCAUCAUGGCUUAUGGAGUCUUGUGCAGGGAUGCCGGAAGGGCCGUCUGUGAGGAAGUUUCACCAUUUGGUCUCCACCUUUGUGGGGCAGCAGGUGGUCAAAACGGGGGGCAGCAGUAAGAAGCUCAGCCCUGCCGGCUUUCAGUCCCUGUGGCUCCAGGACACCCAGGUCCAUGGAAAGAAGUUAUUCCUUAGAUUUGAUCCAGAUGAAGAAAUUGGAUCCUCUGGCAACAACCCACUGCCAGAGUCUCUCCAGAAAGGAGAGAGGAAGGAAGAGGCCAGGGCCCAGCAGCAGGCCUUGGGGCCCAGCAGCCAGAUCUCCGACCAGCCCUCCCUGUCCCUGGAGCUUGUUGACUCCAGUGGAGAAGAUGGUUUGGAGUGUCUGGGGGGAGACACCCCCGCAGGAGGAGCUGAGAGGUGGCUGCAGGUCCACUUUGGAUUGUUCGGCAGCGUCUGGGUGAACGAGUUCUCCAGAGCGAAGAAAGCAAACAAGAGGGGUGACUGGAAGGACCCAGUUCCAAGGUUGGUCCUGCACUUUGGCGGUGGUGGCUUCCUGGCAUUUUAUAAUUGUCAGAUGUCUUGGAGCUCUUCCCCAGUGGUCAAACCCACCUCUGACAUCUUGUCUGAAAAGUUCCAUCGAGGACAAGCCCUGGAAGCGCUGGGCCAGGAGCGGCCUGUCUGCUAUACGCUGUUGGACCAAAGAUACUUCUCAGGCCUAGGGAACAUCAUUAAGAAUGAAGCCUUGUACAGAGCUGGGAUCCAUCCCCUUUCUCUCGGUUCACUCCUCAGUCCUCUGCGACUUGGGGUCCUCCUGGAUCACGUGGUGGAGUUCAGUGCAGACUGGCUUCAGGGCAAGUUCCAGGGCAAACAGCAGCACACGCAGAUCUACCAGAAAGAGCAGUGCCCUGCCGGGCACCAGGUCAUGAAGGAGGCCUUUGGGCCUCCAGGUGGCUUCCAGAGGCUCACCUGGUGGUGCCCACAGUGCCAGCCCAGAUUGCCACCCGAUGAGCCAGAGCAGGUCUAGCUCUCCUAAGGUGCUCGGCAGCCUUCUUCACAGAACCUUGCCCUUUGGGGACCAUGAUGUCUGAGUAUCCAGAAAGGGGUUGUGGGCAGGGAUUGGGACUGGGUACAGGAAUUAGAGGGUGGGUAGGUUAGGGUGAUGCCAGUACUGUUGUCUAAGGCAGAGUUUCUGCAGGACUAGAUUUUUUUUCUUUUCUAGUUUGUUUAAUUCUUCCUAUCUAAUUCUACCAUUGUGAAAGAUGAGAAAAAUCAUGAUAGUUAAGGGAAAAACCUCCCAGAAGGACAGUGAGGCAAUGAAAAUGGAAGCCUGUGGAAAACAGCUGGGCCCCAACAUUGCUCUGCAGGUGUUUGGUUUUGUUUUUGAAACAUUGGUUGGUUUUAAGGCCCUCCACUUAAGAAACAGGAAAACAGAAUUGUGUUUCUUCGUUCCCCUAGAGGGAUCCAGGGAUGAGGAUGGGGUAGCCUCCUGCCUGGAUCCUUUCCCGUGGGCUGGAGACACCAGGAGAAGGGGUGGAGGGACAACAGGGACCAGGGAGCUGGCCGCUUUCCUCUUGUGCCCAGUGGGCUUUAGAUAAAAGCUACUUGUUUUCUCUUCAAGGUAGUAUAUUUGUAACUGUGAUAAUGUAAACAAUGCUGGAAUCAAGGGCUGUAGAGACACACUGUCAGGUUGUUAGCAACUAGAAGAAACCAGGACAGUGACGUGAAAAUAAAGCCCUUUGUUAUUUUCUGUUGUCCUCUUUAUUUGGCAGCAAAGGCUCUUACUCUAAGUAGAACUCUAUGUAGAACUUCUUGAGUUGGCCUGUGGGUCCACUUAACAGGAGCAGGGCCAGGAGCGGGGUGAACACACACCUGCUCUUCUGCCCCUGGUGCCCUCCACUGGCAGGACAUCUGGUGAAGUAGAGGUGGAUUUCAGUUCUGUGGCCCCAGCCUCUGGCAUGGAGAAGAUAGUGAUUUGUGUGAGUGAAAUUGAAAACAGUGGCUGAUGUUUCUGGCUUUCCUUUCCUCUCAUCUGUCUUAAGUCACUGACUGUUGUAAACAGUAGGGAAAGCCACUUCCUGGCAGACCUAUAACCUGUGUAAUAGUUAAUAUAUACUGAGUGCUUACCAUGUAAAGCACUUAGCCUAGUUCUUGCCGUGUAAUCUGCAAAAACCCCCUGAAGAUAGGUACUCACUCUUACUGUCUUUGUUUUAUAGAUGAGGAAACUGAAGUCUAGAGAGGCUGAGGAAUUUGCUUAAGAUCACACGCUUAACAGGGGCCAAGGGCAUGCGCUGAUCCCCCACCCCAUUGUAGCCCCUCAGUAUUGGGCCUCGAGAGCUGCACUGUGGGACAUGGCCAGAUCCUGGCCGAUAUCGUUAGGGGUGUGUCCCUCAAAGUAGCCAGGUUUCUUUUGAUCCAUCAGCUCUGAAAAUGUGAUCCAAGGAAGAAGCAUCACCAACGAUAUCUCACAGACAAAGGGUUCUGUGAUCAAAUAAGUUUGAGAAAUGCUGCAUGCCAUAUCCCCCUCUUGGAGCUUCGUGGAGCUCAUAAAGGCUCCAAGAAAUUCCACAGUAAAGCAAACUGUUCCUUUGCUCUACUCAGUGUUUCCAAACCUUAUUUUACCAUGAAACCCAUUUUGCCUUUACUCUUUGGAAUACGGUUUAGAAAAUGGUAGUAUUAUCCAUUAGGAUCUCCAGAACUUCUCCAAGCAUUGUUUGCAUCGGUGUUCAAAUGUGCCUCUCCACUGUCUGUUUUCUCUUCAGACCAUUGCCUGCAGCCAGUGUCAGCAACCCCUUAUAGUCAUGGCAUUCUUAUAGCUAAUCUAAAUCAUUUUUGCUUCCUUAUAUCUAAAUCCUUCCGGCUUUCCUCAUGUCUCCUUUGUGUCACAUAUUUAUGUAUCUUACACAGAUGCACCUUAGUUAUCUCUCCCUCUUUACAAAAAGUGCCAAGUCUUUUGUUUAUGUAUUAGUCAGCUAGGGCUGCCACAACAGACUGCGUGGCUUAAACAACAGACAUUUAUUCUCAUAGUUGUAGAGGCUGGAAGCCCAAGAUCGGGGUGCCAGCAGGACUGGUUUCUCCUGAGGUUUUUUGGCUUACAACUCGCUUCUUGCCGCGUCCUCAUGUGGCCUUUUCUCUGUGUGCGUGUCCUCCUGGUGUUUCUUGUUCUUCUCAAAAGAACACCAGUCCUGUUGGAUUAGGGCCCCAUCCUUAUGACUUCAUUUAACCUGAAUCACUUAUUUAAAGGCCCCAUCUCCAAAUACAGUCAUGUUGUGAGUUAGGGCUUCAGCAUAUGAAUUGGGGGAGGGGAGUACACAAUACAGUCCAUAGCAGACUACAAGGGGGUUUCGGAGAAAGUCCUCAACUUCAGAGAGGCCAUCAUUCCUUAAUUUUUUUUUAACUUACAUUAGUUUGUAAAAUCCCACUACCAGACCAGAUGCUGUGAAAAUACUGUUUGAGUAAUAGAUUGCUAUUUGGA